AUGAUUCGCGAACUGCUGUACGGAGUCGCAGCCGCCGCACUGCUGGCCUACACGGCAGACUUCCUGUUCAGCCUCCGCGACGACCCCCGCGAGCCGCCCCGAGUACGGCCAGCGAUCCCCCUCGUCGGCCACGUCCUAGGCAUCAUGAGGCGAGGUCCAACAUACUACACCGAAACGAGGUUCGUCUGCUCUGCUCACGUCAAGACCCUCCAGGCGGGACGCCCGCUCACAGCCGAGUCCAAAAAGCAACGCCGCGUCUGCGGAGAUGCACACCCUCGGAAUAUUCCAAAACACGCCAAGACGCUGUCUUUCCGGCCGUUCCUGCAAAUAACCGCCCGCAAGCACGGCGAUGCCUCGGACAAGACGUACGAGAUAUACGGGGGCGACUUGACGGACCGUCUGAGUCACGCGGUGCGAAGCAGCCUCGCGCCCGGGUCACACCUGGACGAGCAGAAUCUGCGGAUGGGCAAGCGCGUCUUGCUCGAGGUGGACGACUUGCUGGGUCGUGGAGCAGCCUCUGGAGCGCAGAGCAUUCGCCUGCUCGAGUGGACGCGGCAUCUUGUGGUUCAGGCAUCGAGCUGCGGUGUCUACGGCGACCAACACCCCCUUCUUGAUCCCGAGGUAGAAGGCGCUUUCUGGUAUGAGCUCCCGGGAACCUCUGGCCUUCUGCUCCGCACCGGCGAAAGGCUAACCUUUGCAAACAUCGGCAGGGAGUGGCAGAAAUACCUCACGGCUCAUCUGGCGGGCCUGGAUGUGUUCGGCAAGGGAUACAAGCAGCGGAAAGUCGUCUACGACGCCUACGUCAAGUACUGUCGGGAACUUCCGAAUGACGGAUCCGAACUGGCCCGACAGCACAAGAGGGUCAUUCGGGAAGCCGGCGUAGACGAGCUCGACUACGCGAAGCAAGCGUCGCUAUUCACCAUUGCCGUCUUCGGCAACACGGCACCGACGCUCUACUGGACCGUCUGGGAGGUGUUUUCUAGGCCCGGGAUCCUCGCCGAGAUCAGGGACGAGGUGGAAUCGCGUGUCGUUUCGACGUCAAGCGACGGCGAGUUCACGCUGCACGUCGCGGCUCUCAAGUCCAAAUGUCCCGUCCUGUUGUCUGUGUUCCAAGAGACCCAGCGCACGCGUCACGUCAACGCUAGCUUUCGAAAGGUCAUGGCGGACACUGUGCUGGGCGGUCGCUAUCUUCUCAAGGCCGGCAACUUUGUCCAGAUGCCCGGGCAACCUAUUCACGGCAACACCAGCCUCUGGGGGGACGGGGCCAUGGAGUUUGAUCCCUACCGAUUUGUGCCAGACAAGAAGAAAGACGCUGCGGCCUUGCCGCCCAGCGGGUUCGUGGCAUGGGGAGCACCGCCGCAUCUGUGUCCUGCGAGGCAGUUUGCCGCCGUCGAGGUCUUGAUUGCGACGGCGCUGUUGGCCGUGAGGGCUGAUUUGCAACCCCAUGGCGGCGCGUGGGACAAGUCCCCUGCGCUGAAUUACAAUGACUUAUCUACGUUGCUGAAUCCCAACAAGGAUGUUCGCGUUUCUGUUGCUGCCCGCCAAAGGUGGGUGGGCAAGUGGUCUUUGGAGAUGGGAGAAAGCAGGAGUCGCGUUCCGCUCGCCUCGGGAUAA